AUGUACGGUCCCGCUCCCCCGCGUCCCAAGAAGACCAACUUCCGACGAAACCGUGCUGGGUGUGAACCAUGUCGUAGCAUCAAGAAGAAGUGUGAUGAAGGCAAACCGACAUGCCAACGCUGCGAAACAAAGGGGACUGUUUGUUCAUACGGCAGUGCUCCGUUUCAGUUCCGCGAUGCCAACUUUUGGGCGGCCCAAAAGGUCAAGCAAGUCAGGGGUGAUAGGGCCCAUAUUGCCUCUCCGCAGUUAAUUCAGAAUUCAUUUCCUCUCAACGAGAGCCCUGGCGCAACUGGGCGUGAGGUUGCAGACCCUCUACUAGAGUCUCAGCUUCAAGCUCGCCAAUCAGCACCAAAUCAAGAACCAACCCAGAUGUCAUAUGUCAAGAAGACUCAGUGGACGGUGGACAAGACAGAUAAACAGACAUUCGGGUAUCGUGCACUUCAACCAGGUCCACGCCUGUUCGGCGGGUCCAAGGAGGAACUAUACAUGACGCAUUUUGCCGUCCAUGUUUGCGAUAUCCUGCCUCCAAGCCUCGAGGCUGUGAGUACUGCCGCCAAAGGUAAAUCUGUCCUUCAAAAUGCUGCUAUGGCUAUCGGCGCGGCCAACUUGGCCAACCUACAGGGGAGCUACACGCGUCACCAAAGCACCGGGCCGCAGCUAUGGAUCCCCGACCCUCGCCACAGGCUCGAUGCUCUGAACUAUGCUGGAAAAGCACUGUCGCUGGCAAGAAGAGGACAGCUUAAAGGAGUUGACGUGCUAGUGUCGGCCCAUCUCCUGCUGUCGUUUGUCGAACUGGAAUUAGGAACUUUUGACGGGUUGCAUCGAUACCUCAGCAGCUUAGACGAUCUGAUCUACCAGACGAGAGAUAAGCUCCUAGACUGUGAAAAAGGCCAAGACUUGUUAGUCGCCGCAGUCCAUGCUCGCACUACACAGAGGUACAUAGUCGGACCUUGGAGCACCUCGACUGCCCCUUCAGAAAGAGAAAACUUUUGGCUUGGACUAGAGCGCCAAGUAUUGUCUGACUCGGCCUCGUUCCAAAAGGCCGGCUCCGACGCAUACUUGCUCAUACAGCGCAUACGUCUAAUCAUCACAAUGCAACAUAACAGGACAAGCCCAAGUCCCGUGAUGGAGGCCUUGAUCAAGCAACUCUUGCCGCUCAUAGCGCCCAACCUCGUGUCACACCAUGGCGAGCAACCAUCAGAGCUGAGCCUCACACAAGCACACGAACAGUCACUCGCAGAGAUGAGACACCUGGCGAGGAUGAUUUCAGUUUUAAAGCCUCCUUCGGACUCCCUUUCGCAACCGGACCACCUUGCAGAGCCCGAGGCUAUCCGUUUGGAGAGUCACGAACACGCAAUGCAUGCUGCAGACUACGCCUUCUUCCAGAUUCUAUGUGACGAAACCAUAGUACAGAGCCUUUCUCAGCCGCCCAAGUCUUGUACCCUGGCGACUGAUGGCCAGGCCGCACAUUGGCUCCAAGUACUGAUGAGCAUCGCUCGAGGGCUGGAUAUCGCCAAGUGUGCUCACCGAAACAUGUAUAGGAGAGGAAUUUGCUCCAUGCUCUUCCUAGCAGGACUUUUAUGUAGAGACACAGGUGUCUUUGACCUUCUGGAAGAGGUCCUUGACAAGAUAUUGGCCCGGGGAAGCGGCUGGGAAGACGUUACUUUCCCAACCCUUCUGGCAAGACCCACGAUCCAGGUAGUCCGGGAUCAGCUGAGGCUGAGGCGGGUAAUUAUCUUGGCAUCGACAAUGACCGAGGACUUUGACAAGUCUUGCACUAUCGUCUCCAAUCGAUUAUCGCAGGUCCUGUUGGUACACGGGGUCGAAGCCAACGGGGAGUUGUUUGACGACACGGUACCGUUGGGUGGUGGGUAG